CCUACGGGUAUAUAAGGUUCUGGCACUGUUUCUCUGAACCUGCCUUACGAAACUGUAGCAAUGAAGAUGAAGUGGGCUGUUGUUCUGUGUGCUUUGGUCGCUCUUUCCGAGUGCCUCCACAGGGUUCCUCUGAGGAAGGGAAAGUCCGUUAGGAAGGCACUGGAAGAGAAGGGGCUGCUGGAAGACUUUUUACAGAGGUGCCCCUACAACCCAAGCGCCAAAUUCAACCCAAGUUUUGCAGUGCAAUCAGAUGAGUCCCUUAUGAAUGACAUGGACAUCUCCUACUAUGGGAUAAUUUCCAUUGGAACUCCUCCCCAGUCCUUCAAGGUCGUCUUUGACACUGGAUCUGCCAAUCUCUGGGUUCCUUCCAUCUACUGCAACAGCAACGCCUGCUCUAACCACAAUAAAUUCAACCCAAACCUAUCCUCCACCUACCGUUCUACCUCCCAGACCAUCGCCAUCCAGUACGGCACUGGCAGCAUGACUGGCAUCCUGGGAUACGACACUGUGACUGUUGCUGGCAUCGUUGACACCAACCAGAUCUUUGGCCUGAGCAAGACUGAGCCUGGCGAUUUCCUCUACUACUCUGUAUCUGAUGGGAUCCUGGGCCUGUCCUACCCAUCUAUAUCAGCCACUGGUGCCACCCCUGUGUUUGACAACAUGAUGGCUGAAGGUCUAGUUUCCCAGGACUUGUUCUCCUUCUACUUAAGCCGCGAUGGCCAGGAAGGCAGCCUGGUGACUUUCGGUGGCAUUGACCCAUCCUACUACACUGGACAAAUCUACUGGGUCCCCGUCACUUCUCAGACCUACUGGGAGACCACUAUGGAGAGCGUCACUAUUGAUGGUAAAGUGGUUGCCUGCACCUCUGGUUGCCGGGCUAUUGUGGACACUGGUACCGCUCGAGUUGUUGGCCCUACCAGUGACAUCAACAACAUUUUUGCUUAUGUUGGUUCAUACAGUCAGGGGAGCACAGAUUCGUUGAACUGCAAUAGCCUUGGAAGCAUGCCAGAUGUCACCUUCAGGAUCAACGGAUAUCAGUUCUCUCUGCCUCCAUCAGCUUACGUUUCCCAGGAGGGCUCGAGCUGCACUACUGGCUUUGGUCUGAACGGUAACAAUCAGCUCUGGAUCCUGGGGGAUGUCUUCAUCAGGGAGUGGUUCUCCAUCUUCGACAGAGGCAACAACAGAAUCGGACUGGCCAAGGCUGUGCAUUUGUAGAUGGUCAGCUAGUCCUUUAAGUGUUAUUGUCCAAAU